AUGGCGGUCCCAUGGGGAGGAAUUUCAGAAGCUGAGCACCUACCGGACGGUGUGGUUGUGGGAUUCUUCUCGAAAGCUGGCUCGAAUGGCGGCACUCUCCUUUUGGAUGACAGCUCGUUCGUCGGCGAUGGUCUUAGCUGCGCGCACAUUGCGGAUAAACUGUUUUACUGCGAGGGAUUCAUCUGUUCGCUCGGCUGGGUGAUGCUCAUACGAGAACUCAUAUUGUAA